AUGAAUCUGUCGAAUGCCAACUCGGGCAAGUCCCUUCCAGUCGCCUCGAACUAUCCUACUCAAGCAACUCCCGAUCGCCCCGCUCCGGCUCCCGAGUACUCGCGUCGCCCAGGGCCGUCCUCAUCAGCUACCGACACGGCGCAGUCCACACCACGAAGGGGGCAAGGAUCCCGAAAACAGCACAGAAAUCAGAGGCGCCCGGGCAUGGGGGACAAUAUGGGCCACUCUUCGUUGGACAGGGACGACGCGUUCGCCGAGAUGCGCGCCGUUCGCAAUCCUUCCAGCCGUCGAGGCCAGACCUCGAUCACGCAUUUACUCAACUAUACAGCGCCUCGUCCUGUUCAACACCACAGCUUCCAUCCUCGCCCCCAUCGUCGUCAUCCGAACUCUGGUCUCGGCUCAGGCUAUCAUGCUGUUGACAAGGCGCGAUAUGUUCAUGCCAACUAUCGCUUCGUUGUCCGACCAGAGGUGUCGUAUAAUGGUCAGGCUGCUGAUGCUGAUCUGUAUAUUGACUGGGCACAUGUUCUUCAAGUGAUCGCUUCAUCGGAAUCACAAUCUGCUUCGUGCCCAAUAUGCCUCUCGGAACCUGUGGCUCCUCGCAUGGCUCGAUGUGGCCACAUCUUCUGCUUACCAUGUUUAAUUCGCUUCAUGGUGACGACUGCGACAGAGGAAGAAGCCAAGUCUAGCAAACCUGCAAAGUGGAAGAAAUGUCCUCUUUGCGAAGACAGCGUAUACAUUCAGGAGGUCCGAUCUGUGCGAUUCUAUUCCGGACAAGAGAGCUCCCUGCCACGACCUGGAGACGACGUUGUGCUUCGGCUUAUGGCACGAAAGGCGACGUCGACGCUGGCGCUUCCUAGGGAAGGAGGCGCCGAAGCCAUCAAUUCCAGCGACGAUGUGCCCUGGCAUUUCGCUGCCAAUGUUCUGGACUACGCCCGAAUCAUGAAAGGAACAAAAGAAUAUAUGACCGAACAGUACGAGGAGGAAGUUGUUGCCCUCCUGAAACAGGAAAAAGAAGACAAAGAUCUUUUUGGUCAAGACGGGGCCUGGACACAACGUGCUGUAAAAGUUGUCAGAUCUUUGCAGGAACGUAUCGAUGAUUUGAUCAACGUAGCUGCGGCAACGUCGGCAAUGAAUCGAAUUUCGGGAAAACCAAUGUCAGACUCGGACUUUUACUUUUACAGCUCUCCCCCACAUCUCUAUCUCUCCCCUUUGGACAUUCGCAUUCUCAAGACCAAGUAUGGGUCCUUCUCCUCCUUCCCGUCCUCGCUACUCCCGACUGUCGAGCAUAUUGUGACGGGCAACGUGGUUGACGAUGCUUUACGAAAGCGAGCGAAGUACUUGGGUCACCUUCCUCACGGGUGUGUCAUUAGCUUCUUGGAGUGCGAUUGGACUGAUAUUGUUCCGGAAGAAACCCUUUCAGCUUUUGCCUCCGAUAUCGCCAAGCGUCGCAAGCGCAACAGGGACAAGGAUGUACAAGAAGAACGUCAGCGCAUCAAUGCCGAGCAGAUAGAGGCCGCUGCUUUGCACAUUUCUGCCGGCAUUUCUAUACGACGCCAAGGCAUAGAAGAAGACAGGCUACCACUCAUGGAUAUGUCAGAAUUUCAGCCUCUAAAUGGCGCAUCGAGCACCACGCCACCGGAAGAUCGAAUUGGCUUUAACACACUAGCAUCCAUGUCCACGAGUCCGACUGGGGAGCGAACAGUAUGGGGCACUGCCGCAGUCCCUGCUUCCCCAGAAAUUGGCGCCACGCAUGUUGAAUCUAGAGACGACGGAUGGCUUGAUGAAGCCGAGCUUCUUUCCAAUGCCGAGCUCUCCAUGCACCUAGAUUCUAUCCACAUUGCAGAGCAAGAGCGAGAGGCAGCAAGGCAGCCUGAGAACGGCAGCUCCGCGAGAGGUGGUAAGAAGAAGAAGAAACAGAGGAUCACAUUAAUGAGUACCGGUGGCCACAGAGGCUUCUAG